GAGAAAGAAUCCGAGCAGGAGGAGGGAGGAAGGCCAGAUUUACUCGCGGGAAAAAUGGCGGAAACGUGUCUAUUUGUGUUUUUCUGCUGCAGCGCCUCCAAACAUUGAACUGUAGGCCUUUUUUCGUGGUUAUCUUCACGUGACGUACAGGACUGAAAAGUUAAAUACAGAGGUGUGCCGUAGUGGGUUUUUAACGGGAAGCAACUGAAUGAAAUGCAAAGUGAUCCAGUGCAGUUUUCCACCUUUGGACACAUGGAGGAGACAGUUCCGCAAGAAAGCCUGGCAAAGUUUUUCUAUUGCUCUAAAUGCACCCUAAUUUUCAAAUCUAAGGUGUACCUCUUCGAACAUCUCAACAAGGUACAUUGCUUGGACAUAGAUGUGUGUCUGAGAGACGCCGGCUUAAAAUAUGCUGAGAGUAAAAAGGUCAACACAGAGAAGAGCAGAAGUGCAGGAAAGAGUUUUACGUGCAGGAACUGUGAUUUUAAGACAUGCAGUCAAGACGUUUUAACGAAGCAUGAGACACAGUGUGGGCAAACUGAAAGCCCCAAAUUGACUGAAACUAUUACGACACCUGUCACGACAUCAAACCAACACGAUGAAGCGGAAGUGGAAGCGGCAUCCUCAUCUAAGGAUCUCAGAAUAUACAAGAGGCCAUCAUCGCAAACCAUCACAAAGUAUUUCACAGCAACUUCUGGAUCAAAUGUAAAGCUCAAGUUGUCUUGUGAUACAAAAAAAACUUUUAGUUUAGAGGAAACCCCUCAGAUUGAUGUAUCUUUUCGACCGUCAGACGUUUUUAAACAUGCUGACCAUCUUUAUCAUUCUAAGCGAGGAGAAUCCGUUUCUCCGGCCGAACAAACAAAUACGGUAAUUAGCGAGGUUGGCAGGAAGACCAGUAAUGAAAGCUUAAAAGCUCCAGCAAGUAAAAAACCCAAACUAGAAGAAGAAGCAACUGAAAAUAAAACCAGCAAACCUUCAGGCAGUGCAGAGUUUUCAUUCGAAGUCAGUGAUGAAGAAGAAGAAAGGAAGUCCAAGCUUGUUAACAGAGACCCACCGCGCCCCAGAGUUUAUUUCUGUAAGCACUGUGACUACAGCAAUGUGAGCUCCAGGCUUGUGUCCUCUCAUUAUGCCAGCGAUCACCCGUAUGUCCGAUGCAACGCUGGCUACAUUCAGCAGUCGUCUGAUCAGAGCGCGACCUUUCGCUGCCUUGAGUGCCCGGUUGAGUUUCUAAGCACUGUUGACCUGAAGUGGCACUACACAGAAAAACACCCAGAGGCUCCAGAUGUGUUCAAGAUGAAGCUGAAUGAACUCAAAUUGGAGUUUAAAUGUUUCACAUGUACAUUCACCUGCAGCGAGGUGAAGGACCUAAGACACCAUUACAAACAGAAUCAUCGGACUUGGGAAGUGGACAAUUCUUUGUUGUUCUGUCAAUAUUUAGUGAAGGAAUGUCAGAAAAUGUGUGAAAAAACAGCCAGCCCAGAAAAGUCAGUGGAACUUUCCCCCAAGAGAACUAGCACACCACAUAAAGAGGUGGAAAUUACACUUUCACGCCACCCGCCAACCUCCACAGGGCCAGAUGCAACGCUGUAUAAAUGCGUUAAGUGUCAGUUUGAGCACAAGUCAGCUGUCGCUAUGCAGGUUCACUACCAGAAAAAACACCCAGAAAAAUUAGUUACAUUAGAUGAAAUCAAACAAUUAGCUCGUGAAAUGACGCCUGAGAAAAAAAGUUUACAGAAAGAAAAAUCCACAGUACAAAUAAAAGAGAAGGAUACGACUCCCGAAGUUUCCAAAGGUUCUCCAGAGCAUUUGAGAAUUGAAAGUGUUAAAUCUCUAGCAGAUUAUGCCAAAAAAGAGAGCUCCACCUCCAAACAUAUAAGAAAAACAACGGAUGAAACGGCGUCUUCACAGAAAGUAAAACUCAAACCUGCACCGUCUUUGCAAACUGAUAGUAAAUUGUCCCAAUCAGAGCUUCCAUCAAAAGCUACUCUGAAAACGCCAGAGAUUUCCACACCUAAAUGUGUGAAGUCUUCAAAAAAAGAAAGCACAACCAAAAUGUCACUUUCUAAACCUAACACGGAAACAACCAAGUCUAAAUCUGACAAAUAUUUAUGUAGUUCACCGCUGGACAUGCACUACUGUCAGUUUUGCAGCUAUGCAAGUCCCCAAAUCAGAAGCGUUAUUGGCCAUCAUAAUGCAAAACAUGCUGCCCAUAAGCUGUUAUCAAAGGAAGACAUCAUACAGUAUAGCGCUGAGGUGAUUGAAAAUAAGAAUCCAAUCACUUUUAAAACAAGUAGUCACAUGAAAAACAGCAACGAAUGUAAAACCCAGAUUAGAAAAACUGAAGUCAGUGUGCAUGUAGACCAAUUAUACUUCUGCCAUCUGUGCAAUCUUGGAAAUCCAUCAACACAGGGAAUCAUUGCUCAUCAAAGCAAAGUCCACCAUUACAAACAUUCCAGUCGGAAGAGUAUUCUGAAAUAUUCAGCUUUGGUCCGUGAGAAGUUUGAAAAGAACGGAUCGUAUUCUUCAAAAUUACCUCUUCCGAUAAUAAAAGAAGAGGACAAGGAUAUGUUCUUCUGCCACAAUUGUAACUAUAAACACAGAUCAUUGACUGAAGUAGCACACCAUUUCUCCAGAAUACACUGCAAACCUUUUAAUAAAACUGAUAUUCGUCAGUACACGUCAAAGGUUCUCGAACAGCUCCAGAAAUCUCCUCUGAAGUCAGCUGCAAACCAAGAGAAACCAGAGGGCAAAAAAGAAGCGACAAACAUGUCUUCCAAAACCUUUUCCAACUCAGUAAUAAACACCGAAACGCAUAGAAAGCUUCCAUGCAAAUACUGCACAUUUACUACUCAGUAUGUGUUCCUUUUGAUGUCACAUAUGAGGAAAAUUCACUUUUCAAAACUCUCAGUUGCAGCCGUUCUAAGACUUUGUUUCCGUAGAGGAGCAUUAGAAUCAGGCUAUCACUGCGAGUGGUGCGUUUUCAGUCACAAAAAAGCAGAGGUGGUUCAUAAACACUACCAGGACCGACAUCCGGGCUGCAAGCAGAUGAGCCUUGCGACUGUGAAGGCACGGUUAUUUGUCGGUAUCAAAGAAUUACAUUCAAAAGACGAGAAAACUGAACUAAAAUCAGUCUCUAAAGGCCAGACAUCUCAAAGUUCACAAAAAGACCAAGAUCAGCUUUACCAUUGCACAUUAUGUACUUUCAAAAGUAACGCAAAGCGCUAUCUUACACGCCACUGCAACAAGUUUCAUCCUUUGCUGGUAAAAGAUUCCCCAAGUGACAAAGGGAAAAGAGAAAAGAGCGAGUUGGAUGACCUCAAUGAAAUGCCAGGAUUGUUUGAAUCUUUCCAAGUGCCUCUUGAAGACACAGAUGAAGAAACUUCGUCUUCCGAUGUGAUCAAGUGCCCUUCAUGCCCGGCGACGUUUCACAGCAAGCACGGUCUGAGUGUUCACACUGGAAUAAAACACCUCAAUGGCAGAAAUGUGAAAAAACAACCCGAACAAAUUGAAGGGCACUUGCAUGUCUAUAAGUGUCCAUAUUGCAACUAUUUCAACACCAGUCAUCAGGGAGUCCUCACUCAUUGCCAGAUGAGACAUCCUGUCUCCACCUCCAGGGCGGACAGCCUUUAUCUGGACACGGCACGUUUGUCGAAUUGUGAUGACGUCACGAAAGGAAACAUUUCUGAUGAAGUUUCAAAAUUUAGUGGCUACAUGUGUAAAACCUGCCCACAAAUUUGUGCAACGCUGAGUAAACUGAAAAGGCACCGCGAACAGGACCACAAUGAGACCACGAGUGGCGUGCCCAAACCAGCUUCUUCUACACCAAAGCUGAGCCUUAGAAUAAAUCUAGCUAAGCCCAGUAGAACGCUUAAGUCUGUCUCCAAGACUUUGCUUCACACCAAGAAGGUCUACAUCAAGAUAAAGUGUCCACAGUGUCCUUAUGUCUGCAGCACAAACCUUGGACUGAACAGUCACGUGCUUAAGCAGCACAACAAUGCUGCUCCAAAGGACGGCAUACAUAAAUGCAUGUUGUGCUCACAGACUUAUCCUUUUAAAAGACGACUUGCAAAGCAUUAUGUCAGGACUCAUGGAAAAGGUGCCUUUCAGAAAUACUACAUUCCACUUUACAAGCCAUUUCAGAAGAAGAAAGAAUCGUCAUCUCAGCAACAGCAAAAUAACUCGGAAAAACGGCUGAUCUAUAAAUGCCCCACUUGUCCAUAUGUGAAUACCAGUUACCAUGGGACUCUCACCCACUGCCAGAUGAAGCACCCAAGCUUUACUGUGAGAGCAGAUGAACUGGAAACAGGUGAAAUACUCCUCUCCAACAUUGUGAGGUGCUCAAAAGGCAAAGGCUCCUAUAAAAGAGGGUACAUGUGCAAAAGCUGUCCAGAAAUUCAUCCGUCAAUCAAGAAACUAAUAAACCACUGUAGAACUGAACAUGGGAAGGCAGCCGUUUCUGAGCUUCUCUCUGAAGCAGAGAAGCAAGAUGACAAUGAAGAUGAAGCAGAAGAAACAUCUGUACAACUUCAGAGGGAAGAUGGAAAAGCCCCCUUAAAGAUAGUGCUGAAAAAAGACUCAACUUACAAGUGCGAGUUGUGUACUUACUCAGCUUUAACACGAAAAAAUCUCCAGUGUCAUUACAAAUAUUUCCACAAACUGGAUGCGCUUAGUACUUAUAAGAAGUUGGAAAGGUAUAACAAACGUAAGAACAACUUCCCCUUUAGAUAUAUUGAGUUAAAAAAACAGCUAAAUCUCAUUUGCAAGAAAUGCCCCAACUCGGUGUUUGCCUCAUCCCAGUUGCUGAUUGAACAUUAUAACAAUUUUCAUCACCUGAGGAGCAAAUCUGACUUCACGGUGGUAUCAAAUGGAGUGAGACAGAAAAGCACUGGGCUCUACAAGUGCAACUUCUGCAGAAAGAAUCUGCAUGGAAUUAGAUAUCUCACCAGACACCUGGAACGCCACAGAGACCAGAUGAAGGUUGAGGCCUCGCAAAAAAAACUUUCCUUUGCCAGUGGAACAGCAGAUCCCCCGUCUCCUAGGGUGUCUCAAAAAAAAGAUAAACUCCCCACAUUUGAAACUAUCACGGAGCUCAGCCACUGGACGGGUGCACCGGUAGAGGUCGUGACCCUUCCUUCCAGUCUUCCACCAUCGUCAUUGAAAGUCCCAGAUGUCGAUCCAGAGGCUGAAGCACAAGAGGCCGGACACACCUGCAAACGGUGCCAGCGGACGUUCAUGUCGCUCAAAGGUCUGCGGUCACAUGAGCGGAGUCACGCAGCCCUGGGAGCCAUUAAGAAACUGGACAAUCUGACCAACACGGAGUUCAAAAACAACAUCAAAAAGUACCUCCUCCAUAAACCUGAGACUCUGAAGCCUUACCGCUGCGGCUGCUGUGCUUACCGGACGAAUUUCAUGGCACUUUGGCAAAGUCAUUUUCUGAAAAACCAUCAAGACAUCAUUGAGGAGGAAAUCACUGAAACGAGAAUUAAGGACGAGGAGAUUUCUCAAAGUUCAGACAAAGAGGUUCUGAACAACUUGCCUGAACUCGAUGAAGAACCAGAGGAUGUAGAAGAAUCCACAGAGUCGUACUCCGAGCCUCCAAAUGUUCAGCGACAGUUGACCCACUACAGCCUGAUGGCACAAAAUGUGGACAAAACUAACAUGAAUUUGCAUGAACUCAGUUUGUCUGAGGGAAACCUUCAGUGUGAGAUGUGCAACUUCAACACAGAGCACCUGUCGAGCAUCCGGCGGCACUAUGCUAACCGGCACGGGAAGAAAAUCCUAAGGUGCAAAGACUGCGAGUUUUACACGGGUUUAAGGAAAAACAUGGAGAUGCACAUAGAGACGGGCCACUCCACCUGCCAGUCCAAGCCGACUUAUCUGAAGGACCUUCGCUGCCCGUUCUGCCUCUACCAGACCAAGAACAAGAACAACAUGAUCGACCACAUCGUCUUGCAUCGAGAGGAGCGUAUCAUGCCCAUAGAAGUUCGCCGCCCAAAACUUUCCCGUUACCUACAAGGCAUCGUCUUCCGCUGUCACAAAUGCACUUUCAGCAGCGGUAGUGCUGAAAACCUGCGCUUGCACAUGAUGAGGCACGAUGACGUCAAACCUUACAAGUGUCGACUCUGCUACUUUGACUGCACUCGACUCACAGACCUGGAGGCACACCUGAGUGAUAAGCAUCAGGUUUUGAGAAACCAUGAGCUCGUGGGUCAGGUGAGCCUGGAUCAGCUGGAAGCAAGGACGGGUUCCCGACCCGAAACCAACGUUAAUCACGGCUCCAACAGCGACGAGCUGGAAGCCGAGGAAUUUACCCCUGACCGUGACGAUGUUCCACAAACUGACAGCAUUCCAGAUUACCACUCCACAGAGAACAUGAUGCUUCCAAUGAAGGAAGAACGUGAACCUGAGGAGCGGGAGAAAAAUGGAAAAACACCCGCCAACAGUUCUGGUUCUGACAUUAUUCAGCAAAACCCUUCCGUCCUGCAAAGACACGAGCAGGACACACAAGCACAAGACCAGAAUGUAGCCUUCCAUCAACCUGCAAAAGAGCAGCAUGAAGAAAAUACUGAACCAAAGGCUGAGGAUUGCAGUGAUGCAGAUAUUAAAUACGACAAUUGCAGGAAGAACCAAACCACAUGGACUGACAGACGGGAUGAAAAAGUUGCACAGAGGAGUUUGACAUCUGGUAAAAUAACCGAUGCAAAGGCCGAUGGGCUGCAUUUUACGGAGAAUCACUGUAAAUCCCAGAGCAUUGAGGCGAUGGUAGAAGACGACAUCGUGCGUCACGUCCUGCUGCUGGACGAAGACGGGAGCCUGCACAAGAGGGCAGGUCAGGAGAGAACCGUUAAAAUGGAACAAACGACAGAGGGGAAUGGAGCAGACAACGAGUUAAACGAUAAAGUUUGCAGCACAUCUUUGUCCCAGAACCUCAAAAUUCAAGACAUUAUCGUAAAUCCAGCCACAACAAAAAUGAAUUCUGCACAGGGAAACGCGUCAAAGCUUCGAGAGGGUUUCAGGUUUGAGCCGCAUUUGCUGACGCUUUCCCCCAGUCGUACUCGACUCAAACUGAGCCACAGGGGGAGUUUGGGCAGCGUGUUGGCGAACUUUAAACGGGAGCAAAGCCAGAGUCCAAAAAUCAUUAAGGAUGAAUCUGAACCAAACAGAGAAAAAGAACCACCCCAUCUCGAACAAUGUGAGGAGAAAAAGGAGGAUGAGCAAAUGGAGAAGACGGACGGAGAAGUUGAAGUUAACAAGAAAAACGAGUGCAAGGUUCAGGUUUCUCCACAUCUUCAUGAUGAUGCAUUCGCCCCCAUGGAUGGAGCUUCUGAGCUUCUGCAUGACAAGAAGCUGUUUACUUGUGAACUAUGUGGACGAAACCUCAUGAACGUCUCUGAACUGAAUCGCCACAUCUUACGUCAUGGAGUAUAAAGUUUCCCAUUGUGUUCUCUGAUACAAGUAUUUCACUGUUCUCUUUGUUCUCAAACUGUUCCCACUGUUACUAUUAUGCAGCCCCUUUUUUUUAGAUUUUUAAUCCUUUUCUAAUUAAAUAUAUAUUUUUAAUACAAUUGCUGUUUUAUACCUCAACAGUAAGCAAAUAGAACUUUAGAAUAGGAGGAUGACAGUAUUGUAUGUGACCUGUCUUGAAAGGUUAAAGUCAAAAUUAUUUUCUAUUGUUUAAAAAUGUUACUAUUCAUUUAUAUUUUCACUGCAGUUCCAGGAAAGUUAUUACCCCGAUGCUGUUGCUGUAAGAUAUGCAGACACUAACACUGUGAACCUUGCUUGAAUUCAAAACUUUGACUUUAUUCUAGAUUUUAGGUUGUGCCUCUGCUUCCUUAAGACACUUUUGCUUUUCUGAAUUUUAUUAAGAUUAACUAUUUGGUUCUAUUUUUAUUUCAAUAAACCUUUAGAUUUAA